AUGCAUUCUAUCAAUCUUUACCUUCUUCUUACACAUACCUUGAUCACGAGCCUCCUAGCUAACCCAGUCCCCGUCACCAACCACACCUCCACCCCCAACAACGCCCGACGAUCCUACUUCACCCCCGUCCGCGAACCCGAAAUGUACCCAGUUGAAUGCCACGACGAAGCCGAAUUCCGCGGCCACGCCGACAUUGAGCCCAAAUUGUUCUUCGAGGGCGUCUACAAGUUCUGCCAGCAGCGCUACGACACGACGCAGGUCCUCGACGCGAGUGACGACCCGACGAACCCCGCUUACCACGACGGCAACGGCCGCCUGGCCCGCAAUGCGAGCUGGCGGUACCGGGACUGGCACGGAGUCAACCACGACUUUAGAGUUUGGUGGGAGGCGGGCUGCAGGGUGACCGUCGGGAAACAGAGCGUGCAGCGCCCGUUGGGGGAGGAAGGGGGCCCCGUGUGGACGCCGGGGUGUUAUGAGAUCAUGGGGUCUACGCAUUAUGAGUGUAAAGGCAACGGCGGUGUUGGUGGAAGGAAGAAAGUCGGCUGCCUCAUUUACGAGUAUAAAGGGGGAAAGGGUGAUAAUGACGACUCGGCGUCUUGA